GCAGCAUCGAUCUGCAUGGAGGAUCGCACCGGCCUCGCAUUUCGAUCCAGUGCCGAUCCAACAGGCGCGGUGUGGCAAGACCCUCGCGCCCUGGCUGCAGAAAUCGGCCUCGAGAGCAGCCGCCGAGGCAUGCAAUCCCUCCCCUUCCAUCUGUCCAGCUUCGUCCUCCGCCAGACCAUCGCCGCUUGCUUUCAGCCGAGCCUUCUCCUCUCAUGGAAGAAACCCCACAUCCGCAGCCCCCGGCUGGCGACGCCGUCCUCGAGGGCGACAGACUCGGAGACUCAGACUCGUCGCAACAGCCGCAAGCCAGCAACGAUCCCGGCGCUCCGCUCCUCAACUCUGAAGACUCGUCCAAACCGCCGACCGAGACGAGGAACAGCAUCAGCAUCGAUCCGCCUGUCAUCCGGUUCCCACCCCUCAAGCCUCUGGCUCGAUCGACCGGGUCCGGCCUCGAGCAGGUCCACUGGGCCGACUCGGCGUCGUCCAGCCCAGAGUGGAUCCAAAAUGCCCUCAGCCAAAUGUACGUCGCCAACCACGCCCGCACGAUCCAGCCCGACGAAGCCAUCCUGAAUCCAUCCGAGUCGCACAUCAAGGAGGACAUCAUCCGGAUGAUUGUCCAAUAUCUCGGCGACGAGGGAUACAACAUGUCCAAGCUGACGAUUCUGGACGAAGCCAACGUCAAAUGGCACGAACGAAACGAAAAGUCCAUGGAGAUUCGUCGCCUCAAGAAGAGCAUCUUGGAUGGCGAUUGGCUCGAAGUCGAGAAGCUGAUGAUCAAGCCACUUGUCAAGAACCACAAGGCGUUCAUGUAUUCAAUCUACAAGCAGCAAUAUCUCGAGUAUAUCGAGCACCACGAGACACAAAAGGCGUUUACCCAUCUCAACAAGCGCCUGAAACCUCUGGAGCACCUACAAACAACUCCCAACGAAUUCAAGGAUCUCUGCUAUCUCUUGACAGCCAAGAGCGUGCAGGAUGCCCCGAGCUUCAAGAACUGGGAGGGAAUCGGCCCAUCGAGAGAAAAGCUGGCCGAUCAGCUCCAAAUCAUCGCAGACUUUGAGACCAUGGAUCGCGAAGGAUCGGUCUAUGUCCCGCCCCAGCGUCUGCUCACGCUGCUGCAACAGGCGGUGGCCUACCAGAUUGAGUUUGCUCGAUACCAUCCCAAGAUUACACCCAAGGUCACAACUCUACUACGUGAUUACGAGUCAGUAAUCAUACCGAAUGCCGUUCGACAUGCGUUCGUUGGACAUACUGGAAACGUCAAGUGCGUCGAGUUCGUGGGCGAGGAAGGAAAGCAGAUAGUGUCGGGAUCCAGCGACAAUACGCUCCGCGUCUGGGAUACCGAAACGGCAAACUGUCUCGAGGUUCUGGAAGGACACACCUCGCGAAUUUGGGACGUCGCAUCAAACAAAAGUGGCGCAUUCGUGGCCUCUGCCUCCGGCGACGGCACCGUCAAGCUCUGGGAUCUGAAAGGUGCUCGGAAGGACUGUGUCGCCACAUACACAGGGUUCGUCGGUGAUGUCUAUUCGGUGCAGUACCAUCCUGCUGGUCAUCAUCUGGUUGCCGGAGGAUACGACAAAACCAUCCGGCUGUACGACCUCGAGCGCAACGUCGUCGUCAAGACCUUCACCGGCCAUCAGCUCAGCGUCUCCAAGACCAUCUUCAACCCGAUAGGAAAUCUGAUCAUCAGCGGGUCAAAGGACAACACCAUCAAGUUCUGGGACAUUGUCUCGGGUCUGUGCAUCAAGACCAUCUCGAGCCAUCUGGGCGAAGUCACCAGUGUCGAGAUGAAUUCGGUCGGAAGUCUGAUGCUGAGCUGCUCCAAGGACAACUCGAACCGCCUCUGGGACGUGCGGAUGGUGCGCCCGGUGCGAAAGUUCAAGGGCCAUCAAAACACAUCCAAGAACUUUAUCCGUGCACGAUUCAUGGGCAACUCGAUGGUCGUCGGCGGCUCCGAGUGCGGACUCGUCCAUCUGUGGGACCACGACCACGGCGAAGUGAUCCAGCGGCUGCGCGGCCAUGGUGGCGUUGUCUUUGACGCCAAGUGGAACUCGAAGCAGAGCCUUUUGGUGAGCUGCGGUGACGACAAAAAGGUGCUCAGCUGGUGGUUCGACGAGCGGCGGGUACCGCUGUUUGAAGAUUGAGCAUGAAAGUGAAGCGCGGCGGCAGUUCAGUGCCCGUCGCCCUAUUUUGUUUGGGGGGAGGGACAACAUCGAUGGCCGACGCUCUCGCUGGAUCCUGAAUAAACCUUCAUCCAGCGCUGCGGUGCUGCCGAUGGCCGCUCCGGUAAGCGAGCGAACCGCAGAUACGAGCAUGCAUCGCAAUCCGGCCUCGGAGACAGGGCUGCUGGU